AUGACUUCCUACGACUUGCUUGGUGAGUAUCAGAAUCAAAUCGUGCCCCAGAGCUACAAUGCCGGCUUCGUCGCUCUCAGCUACGUUGUCAGCAUUGUCGGCGCAGGCUCGAGCCUUGAGCUUAUUAACAGACGAACCGGCUUCCGAGGCCUGUUCAACCACCUGUUACUCGUGAGCUCGGCCGUUACCAUGGGCGGAGUAGCCAUCUGGUGCAUGCAUUUCAUUGGAAACAGAGCCAUCGAUCUUGCCAACGGAGAACCCGAGAUGCAAAUAGCCUACUCGAGGGGGUUCACAGCUGUAUCCUUCUUCAUCCCUAUCCUCGUCUUGCUGGCCGCCUUUCUCGCAAUCGGCACCAAUAAUACCGUUUCCUGGUGGAGAGUUAUUAUCGGCGGUGUUCUCUGCGGCGUUGCCACCUGCAGUAUGCACUAUCUCGGGAACGCGUCUAUCAAAAACUAUACCUGUGUAUAUCGGCCAGUUAAUAUCGUCGGAUCUGCCAUCAUCGCCGUCGUUGCCAGCAACGUUGCCCUCUUCACGUUCUUUGUCUUUAGAGCUGUGUGGACCAAUUCGUGGCAGAAGCGAGCCACCUCGGCUGCGGUCCUUGCAAGUGCUGUGUCAGGGAUGCAUUGGUGUGCCGCUACUGGAACUCGCUAUCGACUCAGAGAUAUCAAGUCUGAGGGUAAUGAGCCCUCUAAAGGUGCAACUGUCAUUGUGGUUAUCUGUUUGUCUCUCGGUGCCUGUUUCAUCAUUGCUACCUCAGCCAUUAUUCGCGCGAGGAACAUGAGAAAGUCGGCCCUUCGAGCGCAGCAGGUCACACUGGGAGCGGCCGUCUUUGACAAGGGCGGAAGAAUUCUCAUUGACCCUGAUGGAUUCAUUCCCAGUACUGUUGUCACUGACUCCUUUCUGGAAAAGAAUACCAAAGACGGCUUUAGCAUCAGUCACCCAAUCUUCCAAUGGAUGUUCCAGGCAUCAAGAAACUGGAGUACUAUCUCGAACUUUGUCGGCGGUAUGAGGCGGCACAUAUCACAGUUGCCGCAUUCUAGUACUCACAAGGACGGACGACGUGGCAUUCAGCUCAUUAGCGAGUAUGGAGAGAUAAUUGAACGCUACGACGUCAUUUUUAAGGAGCUUUUCUGUCUUGCCGCAGCCGAGCUUGCGGACCGGUUUCAUGAGGAUAUGACCUCAGUAGGUGUCUUGUGGGAUGAGAUUAUCCCUACAGGCCCGGGCGGCAAGUGGCCACGAGCCCAAUCUCGAAUGGGCUCUCGUCUAAGUCUCUCUUGGGGAAUGGGAGACGCUCAUGAUGACAACCAAAGCGGCUCUGACAUGGCAGAGAAGGGACUCAACGCUCGACACCAGGACUUUGGGCGCGGCUUACUGAUGUUGUUAAUUCGCCGCGUCGAGUCGGAUCGGGACGCCGAGCGUUUUGUGUCAGCCGGUUAUCGUUUCGCCGAGCUCCAUCAGGUCAGCAAUAUCAUCAGGUCGUGCAUGCAGAUUCAGAGUUCCGAUUUUGAGACGAAACUCCGAUCCAUGUCGACAUACACAACCAAGCACAACGAGGCACCCCCAGGUGUUCAUAUAGGAUUCUUCUCCAUCCGAGCCUGCGUCAGCUCCGGAUUCGAGAUUCUGGUACAGAAGGACGCCCGACAUCUUCUCCCAUCCACGGCUCUUCCACUUAAGACACUCGAGAACUGGCAUGUACAGUUCCUCAGGCGGUUUGAAAACAUGCCAGUUUCCAAAAUACUUCAAAGUCUGAAGGAGGAGAUCUCGGCGCGGCAAAACGCUCAGGAGAUCGAGUUUGCGGGUCAGCUAUCAGAGACCAUCAAGACGCUGUGUGAGUGGACACAAGAGCCCCUUUUUGAAGACGCAGUCCUCACGUCUACCAUGGUUCGUGUACCCUGCCGAGACGAUGAAGAAUGGGUGCAAUUGACCAUGAUUGUGAUGCGGCGGGUGAUUCCCAUUCACUCAGUGCUGUCGAGCCCCAACUGUGAAUUUGUGCCUCUUAGCUUUUUCAAGAUGCGCCAGUUCUCAGCACAAUUUCAACAAGAAUUUAUACGAGGGGUACACCAAGAGUUUGGGCACGUCGUCAAGUUGGCGGAUAGGCGUGAGGGAUCCCCAGAUAGCGAACCUGGCUUCCUAUCCAAGUUCUGGCCGUUUGGGCGGUCCGAUAGUUUAGUGGCCACAAGGAUGAAUAGCAAGACUAUGGCGGCGGUGAGGGGACGACGCGCCUUGUCGCCCAACUCACGACAGGCCCGGCCGUCAUGUGGAGAUAUCAUGAUGUUUCAAGACAUCACGGUCGACGUUGAAGAAAGAAAGCCGAGAGCAGAGCAAGGGCCCGGAUCGGAAGACUCAGACACGCUCACGAUCGCACCGACUAAUUCAAAGACAUCACCGGUAGCAGAGAUUGAACUCCAGUCGAUGGGCCACUUCAGAACCAACUUGCAGGCGGACUUACGGGUGUCCAACGACAUUGGGACACGUAAAAGUUCAGUGAACCAUACGUUGCCGUUUGUGGAUAUUCUUUUUGUCGACACGAUUGAGAGCCGCGAGAAAAGGACGGCGAGAGAGGCGAGCGGUUGA